GCUUCUGCUGACAGCUGAGUUAGGCUCUGCCUACCAGCUGACAUGCUACUUCACCAACUGGGCCCAGUACCGGCCAGGCCUGGGGCGCUUCAAGCCCGAUGACAUCGACCCCUGCCUGUGCACUCACCUCAUCUACGCCUUUGCUGGGAUGCGCAACAACGAGAUCACCACCAUCGAGUGGAAUGACGUCACUCUCUACCAAGCUUUCAAUGGGCUGAAAAACAAGAACAGUCAGCUGAAAACUCUCCUGGCUCUUGGAGGCUGGAACUUUGGAACCGCUCCUUUCACUGCCAUGGUUUCCACUCCUGAGAACCGCCAGGCUUUCAUUGCCUCCGUCAUCAAAUUCCUGCGUCAGUAUGAGUUUGAUGGGCUGGACUUUGACUGGGAGUAUCCUGGCUCUCGUGGGAGCCCUCCUCAGGACAAGCACCUCUUCACCGUCCUGGUGCAGGAAAUGCGUGAAGCUUUUGAGAAAGAAGCUAAGCAAAUCAACAAGCCCAGGCUGAUGGUCACGGCCGCUGUAGCUGCGGGCAUCUCCAACAUCCAGUCUGGCUAUGAGAUCCCCCAGCUGGCCCAAUACCUGGAUUACAUCCAUGUCAUGACCUAUGACCUCCAUGGAUCGUGGGAAGGCUACACAGGAGAGAACAGCCCUCUCUACAAGUAUCCUACUGACACCGGCAGCAACGCCUACCUCAAUGUGGAGUACGCCAUGAACUACUGGAAGGACAAUGGGGCCCCCGCCGAGAAGCUCAUUGUUGGAUUCCCAGCCUACGGACACACCUUCCUGCUGAGCAACCCCUCCAACCAUGGCAUUGGUGCCCCCAUCACUGGCCCUGGCCCUGCUGGGCCCUACACCAGGCAGUCUGGGUUCUGGGCUUAUUAUGAGAUCUGUACAUUCCUGAAGAGUGGAGCUACUCAGGUGUGGGAGGCUUCUGAGGAUGUUCCCUAUGCUUACAAAGGCAACGAGUGGGCUGGGUACGACAACACCAAGAGCUUCCACAUUAAGGCUGAUUGGCUGAAGAAGAACAAUUUUGGAGGAGCCAUGGUCUGGGCCAUUGACUUGGAUGACUUCACGGGCACUUUCUGCAACCAGGGCAAAUUCCCACUGAUCACCACCCUGAAGGAUGCCCUGGGGCUGCAGAGUGCAAGUUGCAAAGCCCCAGCCCAGCCCGUUGCUCCCAUCACGGAGGCUCCUAGCACUGGUGGAGGCAGCGGUAGUGGUAGCGGCAGCUCUGGAGGCAGCUCCGGCAGUAGCUCUGGGGGCAGCCCCAGUGGCAGUGGAUUCUGUGCCAACAGGGCUAGUGGUCUGUACCCUGACCCCACCGAUAAGAACGCCUUCUACAACUGUGUGAACGGGCAGACCUUCACUCAGCACUGCCAGGCUGGCCUUGUCUUUGAUGCCUCCUGCUCCUGCUGCAACUGGUGAUGAGUUUGCUGGCUCCCGCUGCCCUCUUUCCAUCCACAGCUCUUGUGCAAUUAAAGGUUACACU